GGAAAUAAAAGCGCACCCAAAGCUCUUCAGAGCACAGUCGACUCCGAGAUCUAGAGAGCCAACAUGUUCCUGAGCAAAGCGUCCGUCGUUUUGCUCGUCGCUUUCUUGGGGACCUCUUUGUUGGGAGACGGAUCUGUUUCAGCGAGUCCAACUCCACAAGAAGCAGCCCCGACACCACAGGACCCGCUGAAUACUGGAACUGUUAAUGGAAACCCGAAUCCAGCGCCUCCAAACGCAGAGUCCGAACAACCACAGCAACCACCAGUGGCUACCCCUCAGCAACAACCCGUGACUACCCCUCAGCAACAACCCGUGGCUACCCCUCAGCAACAACCCGUGGCUACCCCUCAGCAACAACCCGUGGCUACCCCUCAGCAACAACCCGUGGCUACCCCUCAGGAACAAGCCGUGACUACCCCUCAGCAACAACCCGUGGCUACCCCUCAGCAACAACUCGUGGCUACCCCUCAGCAACAACCCGUGGCUACCCCUCAGCAACAACCCGUGGCUACCCCUCAGGAACAAGCCGUGACUACCCCUCAGGAACAAGCCGUGACUACCCCUCAGCAACAACCCGUGGCUACCCCUCAGCAACAACCCGUGGCUACCCCUCAGCAACAACCCGUGGCUACCCCUCAGCAACAACCCGUGGCUACCCCUCAGGAACAAGCCGUGACUACCCCUCAGGAACAAGCCGUGACUACCCCUCAGCAACCACCAGUGUUGAACACAAACCAAUCACCAGUGUUUAACGGAACACAAUCACCAGUGUCCUACGGACAGCAAUCACCAGUGUAUAAUGGACAGCAAUCACCAGUUUUUAUCGGACAGCAAUCACCAGUGACCAACGGGCAGCAAUCAGAAGUGUCUAAUGGGCAGCCAUCACCAAUGCAACAACCCGUGGCUAACUCUCAGCAACAACCCGUGAUUUUUUUACUGCAACAACCCGUGGCUACCCCUCAGCAACAACCCGUGGCUAACCAACAGCAACCGUCAGUAAUUUACGUACAGCAACCAUCAGCGUCGAACACAAACCAAUCACUUGUGUUGAGCACAAACCAAUCACCAGUAUUAAACACACAACUAGCACCAGUUUUAAACACGCAACAAUCACCAGUGCCUAACGGGCAGCAACCAGCAGUGUUUAGUGGGCAGCAAUCACCAGUGUCCUACGGAGAUCAAUCACCAGUGUUUAACGGGCAGCAAUCACCAGUGUUUAUUGGGCAGCAAUCACCAAUGCAACAACCCGUUACCAACCCUCAGCAACAACCCGUGGCUACCCCUCAGCAACAAACCGUGGCUACCCCUCAGCAACAACCCGUGGCUAACCAACAGCAACCGUCAGUAAUUUACGUACAGCAACCACCAGCGUCGAACACAAACCAAUCACUUGUGUUGAGCACAAACCAAUCACCAGUUUUAAACACACAACUAGCACCAGUUUCAAACACACAGCAAUCGCCAGUGCUUAACGGGCAGCAACCAGCAGUGUUUAACGGAACGCAAUCACCAGUGUCCUACGGUAAUGAAUCACCAGUGUAUAAUGGACAGCAAUCACCAGUGUUUAUUCUACAGCAAUCACCAAUGCAACAACCCGUGACCAACCCUCAGCAACAAACCGAGGCUACCCCUCAGCAACAACCCGUGGCUACCCCUCAGCAACAACCCGUGGCUACCCCUCAGCAACAAACCGUAGCUACCCCUCAGCAACAACCUGUGACUUUUUCACAGCAACAACCCGUGGCUACCCCUCGGCAACAACCCGUAGCUACCCCUCAGCAACAACCUGUGACUUUUUCACAGCAACAACCCGUGGCUACCCCUCAGCAACAACCCGUGGCUACCCCUCAGCAACAACCCGUGGCUACCCCUCAGCAACAACCCGUAGCUACCCCUCAGGAACAAGCCGUGAUUACCCCUCGGCAACAACCCGUGACUUUUUCACAGCAACAACCGGUGGCUACCCCUCAGCAACAACCCGUGGCUACCCCUCCGCAACAAACCGUGGCUACCCCUCCGCAACAACCCGUGGUUAACCCUCAGGAACAAGCCGUGGCUACCCCUCAGCAACCACCAGUGUUGAAUACAAACCAAUCACCAGUGUUUAACGGAACACAAUCACCAGUUUCCUACGGACAGCAAUCACCAGUGUAUAAUGGACAGCAAUCACCAGUUUUUAUCGGACAGCAAUCACCAGUGGCCAACGGGCAGCAACCACCAGUGGCCAACGGGCAGCAAUCAGCAGUGUUUAGUGGGCAGCAAUCACCAGUGUCCCACGGAAAUCAAUCACCGGUGUUUAACGGACAACAAUCACCAGUGUAUAUUGGGCAGCAAUCACCAAUGCAACAACCCGUGACCAACCCUCAGCAACAACCCGUGGCUACCCCUCAGCAACAACCCGUCGCUACCCCUCAGCAACAAACCGUGGCUAACCCUCAGCAACAACCCGUGGCUACCCCUCAGCAACAACCCGUGGCUACCCCUCAGCAACAAACCGUGGCCACCCCUCAGCAACAACCCGUGACUACCCCUCAGCAACAACCCGUGGCUACCCCUCAGCAACAAUCCGUGGCUACCCCUCAGCAACAACCCGUGGCUACCCCUCAGCAACAACUCGUGGCUACCCCUCAGCAACAACCCGUGGCUACCCCUCAGCAACAAACCGUGGCUACCCCUCAGCAACAACCCGUGACUGCCCCUCAGCAACAACCCGUGGCUACCCCUCAGCAACAACCCGUGGCUACCCCUCAGCAACAAUCCGUGGCUACCCCUCAGCAACAACCCGUGACUGCCCCUCAGCAACAACCCGUGGCUACCCCUCAGCAACAACCAGCGACUUACCCACAGCAACAACAGUUUUACCCACAACAACAACAACAAUUUUACCCACAGCAACAGCCAGCUGCUUACCCACAGCAACAACAAUUUUACCCACAGCAACAACCAGUAGUUUACCCACAGCAACAACCAGUAGUUUACCCACAGCAACCAGUAGUUUACCAACAGCAACCAGUAGUUUACCCACAGCCACCACAAGUGGUUUACGUCCAGCCAGCCUACCAGAGUACCACGACGCCCAAACCUCCUUUUCUAAUGGUGUGGGAUGGGAUCCGCGAUUGGAAACAAAAUGCCUUCCAAGCGGUUGUGGGGCAAAACCCUCUAUUAGGUUAACAUUUUUUUUAAUUGAAGAGUAAAAAUAAUACUCAUUAAAAUGUUUAAUUCCCAA